GCGAUUGCAGCCCUGGUUUUCUAGGUUUCUAUUUUGGUCGUGCUCUGUGUUUUAUUUAUGUUUGCCAUGGGAAAAGAGUGUUGCUAAUAGUGCUUAAAUAAGUGCACCUGGUAAACCGAAAGGGCGCACCAAUUGGUUGACCCUAAACAACACAAAAUCGGCGCUAAAGUAAACAAGUUUUUCGAAUUACAUAUUUGUGAGUGCAGUUCGCAUCGGAUAGAAAACCGAAAAAACUACCAAUAAAUAGUGAAAAGUGUGCUCUUUUUUAGUAUAUAACUAAUUGUGUAUAUAAAAAUAAGGGUGAAAUAGCAGCAACAACAACGAAAUCGAAGAAAAACCCACUAUUACUCACUAUUCUAUUUUUGCUCAACGAACGACAAGAAACAACAACAAACGGAGCAACAAAUGUUUGUUAAAACGAAACGCAGCUGAAGUCAAAGCAAUCUAGUGCGGAUCCGGAGCAGCCUUGAACAGCCCGACAAUGGAUCAGCCAUUGGUGGUGCAGGCGGAGUACAGCUUUAUUGGCAGCAACAACGAUGAGUUGUGCUUCCAGAAGGGCGAUCUCAUCACGGUCACCCAGCGUGAGGAUGGCGGCUGGUGGGAGGGAACGCUAAACGACAAGACUGGCUGGUUUCCCAGCAACUAUGUGAACGAGUGCAAGGCGCAGUUGCCUCUGACGGAGACCAUUAGGCCGCCGGAGGAAAUCCAGGAGUAUCGAUCCGUGGUGCUCAAGGAUCUGCUCGACUCGGAGCGGGCCCAUGUGGCUGAGCUACAGGGUCUGCUCGAGAAUUUUCUAGAGCCCAUGCAACAAACGCAGAUUCUUAGCCAGGAUGAGUACGCCCAGCUAAUGUGCAACUUUGUGGAGAUAGUGCGAACGCACGAGGAUCUGCUCAUCCAGAUCGAGGAGUGCAACGAUCGAGUCGGAAAACUAUUCAUUACCAGUGCCCCCUUGAUGAAGAAGGUCCACCAGGCCUACUGUGCUGCCCAUCCAAAGGCUAUAGUUAUUUUGGACAAGUACAAGGAUGAUCUGGAAAAGUAUAUGGAGAGGCAGGGUGCCGCCACUCCUGGAUUACUUGUACUCACAACGGGCCUAUCGAAGCCCUUUCGGCGGCUAGAUAAAUAUUCUGCUAUGUUGCAGGAGCUGGAAAGGCAUAUGGAGAGCAGCCAUCCAGAUCGUGGCGACACUCAGCGAAGUGUUGCCGUCUACAAGGAUAUAGCCGCCACCUGUUCGGCCACCCGUCGGCAGAAGGAACUGGAGCUGCAGGUGCUCACUGGGCCAGUGCGUGGAUGGCAGGGCCAGGAGUUGAGCACUUUCGGAGACAUCAUCCACAUGGGCAGUGUGGCUGUUGGAGCUGAUCAUCGCGAUCGAUAUUUUGUUCUCUUCCCGCAAACAUUACUCUUCCUUAGCGUUAGCCAGCGGAUGAGUGCGUUCAUCUACGAGGGCAAACUACCUCUGACUGGGAUCAUAGUGAAUCGUUUGGAGGACACGGAUUCCAUUAAGAACGCCUUCGAGAUAAGCAGUCCUUUGAUUGAUCGUAUUGUGGCCGUCUGUCAGGGUCCAAAUGAGGCCAACAAAUGGGUGGAGCUGCUCAAUGCCAAUAAUCCAAGCCUGCCAAUGGGCAUCAAGAGGCAGCUAAGCAACCUAAGUAACUCCUCGCUUGGACACCUAAAUGCCGCUCAUAUGUCGCCGCCGUCGAACCACAGCCUGCACUUGCCCACCGGCGGCCGUCCUCCGGCCACGCCCAGCAGCAUCCCGCCCAGCGCCAACAGCGGCGGGAGCAACAGCCACCAGGGCUCGCCAGCCACCAACUCGAUGUCGCAUCACAAACGGAGCCAGUCGUUCAAUCACCACCUCAGCUACAAUCAAUACAUGCCCACUCAGCCUCCACCACAUCAUCUGCAUCCACAACAACCACCAAGUCUGCCAAGUCAUCUGGGGGCAACCGGCCCCAGAUCAAGUUCAGUCCAGACACCAAACAGCAAGACAGCAGCUCCAAUCCCGGCGUCAUCCAUGGACGGCAGUCCAGCAAUUCAGGCAGCAACAGCAGCGGCAGCGGCGGGAAUGGGGGUGCCAAACGCAAGGAAAGGAAGCACAAAGGCUAACUGGACCAUCAGCUGCCUGCGUCCCACGCCACCUUUGCGUCCUAGUUUGUUGAAUGCCACUACCGGUUCGGGAAGUGGCAGCGGUGGGAGUGGCGGAGGCAGCAGCUCCAGCAAUGCCCUGGCAAGCUACUGCAGCGGAAGGAAGAACCAGCCCACCUACGAGGAGGAUGCCCUGGUGCUUCGGGUAUUUGAGGCGUACUGUGCCGCGUAUCAGAACAACGCUAGGAACACCAUUCACUCGGCCUUGCAACCCUGGACUCCGUGUCUGCCCAUCCGCGGUGGCAAGCUGAAAACGAGCAAAACCUUCUCGACCUCCAAUCCACAGCUGCCUUUCAUAGCCAAUGUCGGCAACUCACCCUACCUCAAUCAACAGCAACAGCAGCAGCAGCAGCAACAUCUGCAGCAGCAGCACCUGCAACAGCAACAUCAUCCUCAGCAGCAAACAGGACGUCAGCACUCCGCCGGCAGUUUGAACUCCUCGUUUAUUUGGCGGGAGGCGAGUCCCAACAACUUUAACCUGUACUCCACUUCGGUGUCUUCCUCGCUAAAUGCAACGCCUGCGCAAAGGUACUCUUUAUCCGGAGCAGGAGGUGGAUCGCCCUCCAUCAAGGAUUACCAGAGAGCUCUAUCAGAGGAAAGGGCCACAAGAAAGUCCUUAAAUCGCCUAAAGAGCGGCUUUGGCUCUGGUUAUGACAAUGUCUGCACUUCACCUCUGCUGCCGAGGAAAAAUAAGCCGGCUCCCAAGCUGAUGGCACAGCAGACGUACCAAAGAUCCCCUGGAAACACCACCACAACCACUAUAGUGAAGCCAAAUCCGGGAGGACAUCCAGGUCUCUACGAUCGCCGGCUGAACCGUUCCUUCGAGACCUCCACCUCGCAUCGCUAUGCUGGCUAUGGAGCCGGCUAUCUGCUGAACUGUGGCGGAGCCUUACGAACUAGUACGCUUCAAAGGAGCACUCCUCAACUGGCUGGCGGAGAACGAUCGGAUGACAGCGAUGUGGAGCGGGAACUGCUGCGGAGCAAUGGAGGAGGUCCCUCGGCCAAUUUGGAACUCAAUGCCGAUGGUAGCAAACGGCAAUCGGGCAGCUGGUGUUGCGGCCUUGAAAACGAAGAUAUGACCCCGACAUUGCGCCAACUUUGGACAGCCAUCCGUCAGAUGCAGCAGGACAUGUCCCAGAUAAAGUUGCAGAUCAACGAGGAACGGGCCCUCCGAGCAGAUCUCCAGCAGCUGCUGAUGCAGCAUUUGGAGACGAGCAGCGUGAGCAGCGGGGCCAACACGCCCAAGUGUUGACUAUGCAAAUGACCGGGUUCUGGAGGGGAUUCCCAAUUCCUGAAACGACGAAACAAUACCCGCCGCUGCUUUUAGCUUUAAUCCUUUUUUUUAGAUACUUUUACUUUGCACCUCCCGGGGGGACAGUGGGUCAAUUACCAAAAAAUUAUCUACAAAUGGACUUUAAGAAUCGUAUAUGGAUUGUAUUUACCGAAGUACUAUAUAUAUCGCAUAUAUCUGUAUGUAUAUUUGUGAAAGGACAAUAUGCCAAUUAAGUGUAAAAUUAUUAAGCUUUUCUUAACUUGCUUUCGUUUUUUGUCCGUGCGAUGACUGUAAAAAAUUAGGAAAUUUUAAAACAAUUAUUAAGAUUUUGAAAAGAACAAAUGAGACAAUGAAUUAAUGAACAAAACUUAAACAUUGUUUUAAAAUUUCUGUUUUUAGCAAGACGUCUCUUUAUAACUCAUCUGAUUAUACAUAAUUAUUUAUAAUGACUAGAUUUAAUCAUGAUUGUAAAAGUUUAGCACAACAUGCACUUUGCUUUGGCAUAGUUCUUACAGACUUAAGUUAUACCUAUUUUCGUUGCCGCCUUGCAACUCUUUAAAACUGCUUGUGUAAGUUAUGAUAAUAGAUAGUCCCAGUUUUGAUCUUAGUUUGGAUGGUAACUUUAAAUGAAUUAUACAAAAUUCUUAAAAAUGUGCCAAUAUUUUAGUAAGCUGCAACAACGUACGAAACAUCGCUCAAAAAGUUGUAUUUACGUAUUAUACUUAGAACAUUUAUUCGAUAAUAUAUACACAAAUGUAAAUGAA